AUGCAAGAGGACCUAUUUCAUAAUUUCCUUGAAGAACAAGCAUCUGGCUAUGAUUCUCAAGCUUAUCCUUCCUACUAUGGCACGGUUAAGGACGAUGGCGAGUUUAACGACUUAAUCAAGCUGACAAGUGAUGUUUUAGGUUUGCAAACGUUUAGCAAAGUGGGUGGCAAAUCAACAUCAGUUAAAACAGUUAAUAUAAACGAUUUCGCAACUAAAGCUGUUAGGGGAGAUGAUACAGAGACAUUUGAAGAAGCGUGGAAGGAAGCUUGUUCUUCCUCUGAAGGAGCUAAUAUCGUUGUGCCCCAGUAUACCUAUCGUCUUAAGCCGAUUAAAUUCCAGGGUCCUUGCAAAUCUAAUAUUAAAUUCCAGGUAAAUGGAGUCAUUGAAGCAUCUGAUGACGUAUCGGACUACAAAAGAGAUGGUAAGCAUUGGCUUGUCUUUGAUAGUGUUCAGAAUUUACAAGUUGAAGGUGGUGGGACUAUUGAUGGAAAUGGGAAGAUAUGGUGGCAAAACUCAUGCAAAGUCAAUAAAGCUCUUCGUUGCAAAGAUGCACCUACGGCUCUCACCUUCUACGAAUGCGAGAAUUUGGUCGUGAAGAACAUCAAAAUCCAAAAUGCACAACAAAUGCAUGUUUCUUUCCAGCAAAGCAAGAAUGUUCUAGUCUCCAAUCUCACAGUAACUUCUCCAGAGAAAAGCCCUAACACUGACGGAAUCCAUGUUACAGGCACCGAAAACAUCCAGAUUAUUGAUUCAGUCAUAGGAACAGGUGAUGAUUGUAUCUCCAUUGUAAGUGGGUCCCAAAAUGUGCAAGCCAGGGACAUAACUUGUGGACCAGGUCAUGGAAUCAGUAUUGGAGGCUUAGGAGCACAUAAUUCAGAAGACUAUGUUUCAGGAGUUACUGUAAAUGGUGCUAAGUUUUCUGGUACCACAAAUGGUAUUAGGAUCAAAACAUGGCAGAGGUCAGCGGUUCAAGUGAAGAAUGUGGUGUACAAGAACAUAAAGGGGACUAGUGCUUCCGAGGUGGCCAUCAAACUUGAUUGCAGCAAGACUUAUCCAUGUCAAGGGAUUCUGUUGCAAGAUGUUAAUCUUGAACGAGAAGGAGAGGGAGCAGCCACAGCUUUAAGAGAGAAAAAGGACAGCUCCCAGGAUCCAGAUGAUGAAACGUCCAAUAUACUUCGCCACGUCAAACGGAUCAAACUUUAUGCUUACGUGGCAAGAUCUGAUAGAAGAAAAAAACUUGACGAUAUUGGCAAGACUAUAGAUGGAGAGCCGUUUGUUGCUUGCCAUGUAUGUUCAUUUCCAGUUUGCCGUCCAUGUUACGAGUAUGAGAGGAAAGAUGGUAACCAGUCUUGUCCUCAAUGCAAGACCAAAUACAAGAGGCACAAAGGAAGCCCUCCAAUUCAAGGAGAAGAAGUGGAAGAUGCUGAUUCUGAUGAUGCAGGAAACAAGUCAAAUCAUCAUACAUCAAGCGUUCAAGAUGAGAAACAAAAGAUAGAGCGGAUGCUGGGUUGGGAUUCAAGUUCUGGCCGGAAAGAGCAUCUUGCAACCACAAACUAUGAGAAAGAUGUUUCUCUUAGCCACAUUCCUUAUCUGGCUGGUAGACGCUCGGUUUCCGGGGAUCUUUCAGCUGCAUCUCCUGAACGUUAUUCAAUGGCUUCUCCUGAAAGUGGCAUCAGAGCUAAUAUGAGGGUGGUUGAUCCAACAAGGGAUUCUGGCUCGUUGGGAUUGGGCAAUUUAGCCUGGAGAGAGAGGAUUGAUGGUUGGAAGAUGAAGCCAGAGAAGAAUACUGCUCCAAUGAGUGUUAGUAAUGCACCAUCUGAAGGCAGGGGUGGUGGAGAUUUUGAUGCCAGCACUGAUGUGCUCAUGGAUGAUUCUUUACUAAAUGAUGAAGCCCGCCAGCCCCUCUCAAGGAAGGUUUCUAUUCCUUCCUCUAGGAUUAACCCUUACAGGAUGGUCAUAGUUUUGCGGCUUGUUAUCCUUUGCAUUUUCUUACACUACCGUCUAACAAAUCCAGUAAGGGAUGCUUAUCCUUUGUGGUUAAUAUCUGUUAUCUGUGAAAUAUGGUUUGCAAUAUCAUGGAUAUUGGAUCAGUUCCCUAAAUGGCUUCCUGUGAACCGUGAAACAUAUCUUGACAGGCUAUCUCUCAGAUAUGAGAAAGAAGGAGAGCCGUCUCAGUUGGCUGCUGUUGACAUUUUUGUCAGUACAGUCGAUCCUUUAAAGGAACCUCCACUGGUCACAGCCAAUACAGUACUAUCUAUUCUUGCAGUUGAUUACCCAGUCGACAAAGUCUCUUGCUAUGUUUCAGAUGAUGGAGCAGCUAUGUUGACAUUUGAAGCCAUGUCUGAAACGUCUGAAUUUGCUAGAAAAUGGGUUCCUUUCUGCAAGAAAUAUGAUAUUGAGCCACGAGCUCCAGAAUGGUAUUUUGCACAGAAGAUUGACUACUUGAAAGAUAAGGUUCAUCCAUCAUUUGUCAAAGCUCGCAGAGCUAUGAAGAGAGAAUAUGAAGAAUUUAAAGUUCGUGUCAAUGGGUUUGUUGCAAAGGCACAAAAGGUUCCUGAUGAAGGAUGGGUCAUGCAAGAUGGUACGCCUUGGCCUGGAAAUAACACCAGAGAUCAUCCAGGAAUGAUCCAGGUUUUCUUGGGCCAUAGUGGAGGACUUGACACUGAGGGUAAUGAACUUCCCCGACUGGUGUAUGUUUCUCGUGAGAAGCGCCCUGGUUUCCAGCAUCAUAAGAAAGCUGGUGCGAUGAAUGCACUUGUUCGUGUUUCAGCAGUUCUCACCAAUGGGCCCUUCUUGUUAAAUCUUGAUUGUGAUCAUUACAUAAACAACAGCAAGGCAUUGAGAGAAGCUAUGUGUUUUCUAAUGGAUCCUAAUCUUGGAAGAACAGUUUGUUAUGUUCAGUUUCCCCAGAGAUUUGAUGGGAUCGAUAGAAAUGAUCGAUAUGCCAACCGUAACACUGUUUUCUUUGAUAUAAACUUAAGAGGAUUGGAUGGAAUCCAAGGCCCUGUAUAUGUGGGUACAGGGUGUGUUUUCAAUAGAACAGCCUUGUAUGGUUAUGAGCCUCCUCUCAAGCCUAAGCAUAAGAAGCCAGGAUUUCUGUCUUCAUGCUUUGGUGGAUCCCGAAAGAAGAGUUCUAGAUCAGGUAGAAAGGAUAGCAAGAAAAAAUCAAGCAAGCAUGUAGACCCUACUUUGCCAGUAUUCAAUUUAGAAGAUAUAGAAGAAGGGGUUGAAGGUACUGGAUUCGAUGAUGAAAAGUCAUUGCUCAUGUCUCAAAUGACACUUGAGAAAAGAUUUGGUCAAUCAAAUGUGUUUGUUGCUUCCACCCUUAUGGAGAAUGGUGGUGUUCCUGAGUCUGCCACCCCAGAAUCUCUUCUCAAAGAAGCUAUUCAUGUCAUCAGUUGUGGAUAUGAAGACAAGACAGACUGGGGACAUGAAAUAGGAUGGAUAUAUGGUUCUGUUACAGAAGAUAUCCUUACAGGAUUCAAGAUGCAUGCUCGUGGUUGGAGAUCAAUCUAUUGCAUGCCGAAGCGUCCUGCAUUUAAAGGAUCCGCUCCUAUUAAUCUUUCUGAUCGUCUAAACCAAGUGCUUCGGUGGGCUUUAGGUUCUGUUGAAAUUCUUCUCAGUCGUCAUUGCCCCAUAUGGUAUGGCUAUAGUGGAAGGCUAAAAUGGCUCGAGAGAUUUGCAUAUAUCAAUACCACCAUUUAUCCAAUCACGGCUCUUCCUCUUCUUGCCUAUUGUACAUUGCCAGCUGUGUGCCUUCUUACUGGAAAAUUCAUUAUUCCACAGAUUAGUAACAUUGCCAGUAUCUGGUUCAUAUCCCUCUUUCUUUCAAUCUUUGCAACUGGUAUAUUGGAAAUGAGAUGGAGUGGUGUUGGGAUCGAUGAAUGGUGGAGAAACGAACAAUUCUGGGUUAUUGGAGGUGUGUCAGCUCAUCUAUUUGCUGUCUUUCAAGGCCUGCUGAAAGUCCUUGCUGGAAUAGAUACCAAUUUUACUGUCACUUCAAAAGCAUCAGACGAAGAUGGUGAUUUCGCUGAGCUAUAUAUGUUCAAAUGGACUACUUUACUUAUCCCACCAACUACUCUCCUCAUAAUCAAUCUGGUUGGAGUGGUUGCUGGAGCGUCCCACGCCAUAAACAGUGGUUAUCAAUCUUGGGGUCCUCUCUUUGGCAAGCUUUUCUUUGCUUUCUGGGUGAUCGUUCAUCUUUACCCUUUCCUCAAGGGUCUGAUGGGACAGCAGAACCGAACACCUACGAUUAUUGUUGUAUGGUCGGUUCUACUUGCUUCUAUCUUCUCCCUACUAUGGGUACGUGUUGAUCCUUUUACAACAAGGGUGACUGGACCGGACGUAGAGCAGUGCGGCAUCAACUGCUAG